CUUCGAUUCCCUCCCCUUCUUUAACGCACAAUGGUGGGAUUCAAAUUAAGAGUAGCAAGCUUAGCUGAAAGCGAGAAGCAUGUCUACUAGGACUGCUCAUAGGCUCGUAGAAUCUAGAGAAGGAGCCCUAUUGUAGACGACUUUGCUUUUGGGGAAUAUUCCUCUUUCUCGGAGUGAAUUCAGUGUGUCUUUCAGAAUUGUAAAAUCAUUAGAAACCGAAUAGCAAAUUGCAUAGGUCGCUCUUUUUAUGACGCUCGUGACACUACCUCGCAUUGCGCAUAACAGACUAUCACUCGGUCGCCUACAAGAUAAAAUAGCCACUUUGUUUACUCUUGGCUUGUGCAAAACCGGAGUUAUCCGAAUCUCACUAUUUCGUGUAUCUUAUCUCUUAGUUGUAUGUUUAGAGGGUCUAAGGAGCCCUCUAUUUAUAAGAAGAAAAAAUACAGAAUGUUCUCUUUUCGCGGGGAAUAAUGAUACGAGCAUGAAACCGGUGCGCGUAGUUAUAAAGUUGCACAACCCAGACAAGGUUAAGUUUAAGGAUAAAACGAAAUUGAAAUGCAAUCUCACACCUGAGAGAAGGCUCUAUAGAUAUAGGGUAGAAGCUUGACCACAAUCAAGGGGAAUUGAAAGCUUUUGUUGAGUUUUACAUGCUCUAACCAUAUAGUUGCUUAAUUAGUGAAUUCAUAAGUAGCUAGUGAUACCUUUAGUUGCUUGCCGUAAUUGCCACAUUGAAAGAAUAUGAUGAUCUUCCUCUCCCAAUCCAGGUAUGCAGAAGCCAAAGCAUUGAGAGAUCCUUGAAACAAAGGAACUGAAAACUCGAUCCCUCGUAAUUCAACAACAAUACCUUCACAUCCUGCCUCUGGUAGUCCUUCCACCGUAAUCAAGAAACUCGUGUUCUUGACGCGCUUGAUCGGGCUCUGUUGUGAUCAUCCUCUGUGCCAAGUUGUGAAUCCUUGCAUCUAAGGCUCGGUCUCUUCCAGUUGGAACGCCCUACUGUCGAUUUUCCUCAGGAAUCAUAUGGAGUCUUGUUGCAGGCUGCAAAAGAGCAUCCACCCGCUUAUUGAUCUGGUCGAAUUAAACUUGGAAGGUUGCGUUCAAUUGCUCCAUGAUAGUAUGAAACAGUUCUGAAGCAUUGAUCUGCUGCUCCGCCAUUGUUUCCUACGACAAAGAAUCCUACUAUGUAACACGAUUUUCUAUGGGGUCUUUGAAUCUCGUAUGAGAAGGAAUAGGCCAUCUUGCCUUCGUCCUCACCAUUGUGUUGAACCGAAGCUCUCAUACCACUUGAUAUGAGCACGAAACUGGUGCGCAGCCAAGACAGGGUUAUGUUUAGGGAUAAAACAAAAUUGAAGUGCAAUUUCACACAUGGGAGAAGGCUCCGCUUCCACGGUCGUGGAAUUGAAGUCUGUGGCCAUGGAACACUGUUGUUCCAAUCCCCUGUCGUGGAAUUGACUCCUGUGGCCAUGGAUUUUGAAGUGGUCUGCCCUUCUCGAUCCCGGGGGCCUCCUUCUUCUAGGUUCGAGGCGAGUGCUUUUGGGUCGCUUUAGAGGAUUGCAUCAAAUAAGUAAUGUUUAAUUAGUUAUAUAAUUAACUCAUAAUUAUAACAUAUUCUGCUAAGAUAAUUAAUUGAGACUAUCUCUCUAAUAUUUAUUUUAUUAAUUAUCCUUCUUAUUUUCCUAUCUAGAAAGGAUAUUGGAAAAUUAAUUCAAAAUUUCAUUUAUAGCUUUGAAAGCUAUUCAUCCCAACAAUCCCUCACUUGAAUAGUUUUGAAACUAUCUCUGUGCAUCAACACUCAUAUAAGAUGGGGCAUAAACUAAGGUAUCUUUCGGGUUGAACCUUAGCACAAUGGUUACACUUAUGAUUCAACAAGAGUGACUCUUAGUCUUGAACUCUUUUUCAGACAAUGUAGCACACCGAAUCUUUUCAUUGAGUACUAUUCUCUAACAGCCCGUGCAUUUAUGGCCCUGCACGUUAUCUCAAAUUAAUGCACGCUUUUAGCAAUUUGGUGCCUCGCCAAACUCCAUAAAAAGCAUCCCCACUUCCACAACCUCAUAGGUGAGUCUAUUAGAAGUAAUGCCAAAGCAAUGUACUUUAUUCUACAUGGAGUAUAGAUCUCAUUAAGAGUUACCAUUACCUCAACCUCUAUAAGCUUCAGAAAUUCAUGCUUCAGUAUGAAUGAUCUUUCUAUUAUACACAACUGGUUAUUACCCUUUGAACCCAUUUCUUGGGAUGUCCAGUCUAUUGGGCCAUGUUACCAUCAUGUGUACGGUUCUAUACGGAUAAGUCCCAUGCCCUUAGCGAUAUUUGGACUUUCUCUCUCUAGCUAAUCAUUUCAUUAAAUGAUCACCUACAUUCUCUUUUAAUCUUAAGUGAUCCACAUGGCUUGGUCUAACUACACAUUCCAAUUGGUAACCAAGCAUAACCGACGAUCGAAUGUAGCAUAGGGUAAGAAAGCAAUAAAAAUUAUCGAACCGCGGGUCUCCUAGGUAUACCUUACUUCGGCUUAAGGUUUCGUUAUCUUGCUAACCUAGAAUAGUGAUUAAGCCAACUAACCUAAAUACACUAGCCUAGUUAAUUACAAGUUUGGAGCUCUCUUAGGUUUGAAUAACCCUAAUUCCAUCAUUUGGAUCGAUGUUGAGUACUAUCCUAGCUUGAUUGACUCGCUACCCUACCGUUAGGGGAUAGACUUAAUUGGGAUUGACCCAGAAUGACAAAGUGAUGGAUGGUGGGGAGACUUGAUCUAGGGCACUCUAGGUUCUCACUUCGUCACUUUCUCUCUCUAAACCUCUAUUUUCAACUCAAGAAUCCGAAGCCAACUCGAUUCCCGUGUUCGGCUUGUAAGAUCUCGAGUAGGGCAUACCAGCUCUAAAUACCCAGUCGGGUAUUAGGGGACAUACCGGGUUUUUAGACAAAACGGCGCGCAACACAAGGGGAAAUACUCGAUCUCAGGGUGAAAUACUUGAUCAGGUAUUUGAGGUCCACCACUGGGGGGCCUCCUUGAUGGUUUACUUGGUCUCCUCUCAAUAUACCCUGUUGGGUAUUUGGGUGGUCUGACUUGAUAUUUUGCCUUCUAGCUCCACUUUUUGCCAACUCUCCGCUUUUGACCCAAAACUCGCUCUCGAGCGUCCAUUUUUGCUCAAGGUCCUGAAAUACAACAUAAAAGUACAACUUAGCG